AAGAUAUAUAACAUAACAUAAUAUAAUAAAAAUAUUAACAAAGAAGGUGUCUUUAACAAACAAAAAAAAACAUAAUAAAAUGUUAAUUAGAAACGCAUCUAACGUUAUACGAUCGUUUUCGUUAAGAAAAUAAAUCAUCAAAAAAAACAAUAUAUAUUCCAUUUUUGGAGUGCACCCUUCCACUCUCACAUAUAUUUACUUGUUUGCCCUUAUUAUUUUAUAUAUUUCUACUUUUAUCCUUCAUCUUCCCUCGAAUUCAACCUCUCUCUCUGCUGCAACAAUAAAUAAAGGAGAGAGAGAGUCUGAGAUCCUCGUCGUCAAUGGUGAAACAAAACGCAGCUGGAUAAACUCACACACAAAAACCCUCACAAACCCAAAAAUAAACUUCCACAAAAAAAAAAAAAAUCCAUCACCAUGCCUUCCGAGUUAACUCAGGAAGAACGAUCCGAGCUUGCUCAAUCCAUCGCCGAGUUCCACACAUACCAACUCGGUCCCGGAAGCUGCUCCUCACUCCACGCGCAGCGAAUCCACGCGCCGCCGGAGAUCGUCUGGUCGGUCGUUCGGCGAUUCGACAGGCCCCAGACCUACAAGCACUUCAUCAAGAGCUGCUCCGUCGAGGAAGGGUUCGAGAUGCGCGUCGGAUGCACGCGCGACGUGAUCGUGAUCAGCGGAUUGCCGGCGAACACGUCGACGGAGAGGCUCGAUAUACUCGACGACGAGAGGAGAGUGACGGGAUUCAGCAUCAUCGGAGGCGAGCACAGGCUGACGAAUUACAAAUCGGUGACGACGGUGCACAGGUUCGAGAGGGAGAACCGGAUCUGGACGGUGGUUCUGGAAUCGUACGUCGUGGAUAUGCCGGAGGGAAAUUCCGAGGACGAUACGCGUAUGUUCGCCGAUACGGUCGUCAAACUCAACUUGCAGAAACUCGCGACCGUAACCGAAGCUAUGGCUCGUAACGCCGGCGACGGAAGCGGCUCUCAGGUUAACUAG